AUGGCUGAGCCGGCGCAACCUGAAGCGGCGCGCCGCGCACCUGACAUUAAACAGGAACCCGAUCUGUCGGGCCUCGAGGGCCUCGACUUUGCGCUGCCGCCCGAUCUCAUCAACCCGAAACGAUCGCAUGAGGAGGAAGGCGAGUCGCAUCGCGACUCCGAGCCCAAGAGGGUGAAAACAGAACACGCGCAGGCCGCGCCACAGGCCGAGGAGGACAACUCGCUUGAGGAUGGGCUGGCGCUUCUCGUACAGAAUGCCCUGUCAAACGUCGAUGAUCUUGUGGGAGCCUUUGACGCGCCGAUCGAGGACGAGUCUCGCGACCCCAUGGACAUUGACACCGCCGCAUUGCUGGAAAGCGUCCCGACACUGCCAACAUUCUUUUCUGACCCUCUCAAAUAUGUGCGCAAUGUGCAAGCUCAAACAUUGGGCAAUCUGUCGUUUACGCUUUUAUACUCUCUUGUACAACACCAACCCAUCGACGAGAUCAUCCGAGCGAUACGAAAUGCGGAAUCGGAUCAUGGUGGGAUCUUUCGCCAUCUUCAAGACUCGUUAGAGAGUGUAUGGAAGCUCUUUACGACCAACGAUACGAUUUCUGCCGAAGACAUCAAUGUGGAGAGCAACGCCAGCACGUUACUAGAGAUGGCGAACCUAGCCAAGUUGUGCAUAUGGCUCGUCAAGGCGACCGCCGAAUCUUACUCGAUAGCCGACUCGAAACUUCUCACGAUAUUCAACUGCCAAGUCUCGGAUUUGCCCAUCACUGCUACCGAGCUGUACCUUGGCAUCAAGACGCAAAACUGCAUACAGCAGCUGAUCAACAAGACUGAUGAUCAGCAGGCCGAGCAAUUGGUUGCUCAGUCCCUCACGCAAGGACUCGGCGACAAGUUGAAAGCCCAACAUCCCGAGGACAGCUUACUGAACGCCGAUCAAGCAUUUAUUACACUGGCGACAGUUCGCAAAACCGACUUGAUAAAUGAGACCAGAGAAGGAAUUGACACAGAGUCGCUGACGAAGAAGUAUCCUGCUGAUGAACUAUUACGGACUUUUGCCACGUAUGCAAGAAGUCGAUUGGCAGCAGUUGCCGAUGUUGGCAGUACGUUUGGAGUUGACAUGCAUCUGGAAGUUGAUGAUGUCAUGGAGUCGGCGACGUUCGGUGACCUUGGCGGCAGUGCCGACCUCGAUCUGGACGACCUUUCUUCAUUCUUUGAGAAGACUGCUUCUGGGCUCGUGCAGGACGCGCUGGCGGGUCUCACGGAAGUCGAGGUUACCCCUUCCAUCGUCAUCGACGCCCCCGAAACCAGCAACGCGACGAAAGACACAAACGGCGCAAACACCGCAAAUGGUACAAAUGGUACGAACGGUACGAACGGUACGAACGAUGCGAAUGGUACCGAUAAGUCAGCGGCUACGACUACGGGAACCGGCGCCGGCGCUACUCCUGCUGCUCACAAGAUUGAUCUCCUGACAGACUACAAAGAGCUUGAGGCUCUGGUCGCAGAAAGCACAUCCAACUAUGUCAAGACGACUCUCAAUGGAUUGUCGCCAGUGCCGUAUCAGCCAACUGUGCCGACCAGCACAGCCGAGAGCAUGGCUUCUCAACAUCCUUUUCUCAGCCAUUUGCAACUGCAACAGCAGGGACAACAUAACUAUUACACGUAUGCGCAGCAGUCAAGCCAGGAACCGCCACCGCAACCACCUUCAUCGGGUGAAAGUCUACCUCCAAAUCAGACGUUUCCGAGCGCUAUUCUAUAUGACAAUGCGCGCCAGGCUGCACUUUCCAAGACAACUGCGCAUACGAGACGAGAAGGACUCCAUUCCACCCGUCGGCCUUGGACGCAAGAGGAAGAAAAAGCUCUCAUGGCCGGUCUUGAUAUGGUCAAGGGCCCUCACUGGAGCCAGAUACUCACUCUUUUCGGGCAAAACGGCACCAUGUCAGACAUACUCAAGGAUCGGACGCAAGUCCAGCUAAAGGAUAAGGCGCGUAACUUGAAGUUAUUCUUCCUGAAAACGAAUUCGGAGAUGCCGUACUACUUGCAAGCUGUCACAGGUGAGCUCAAGACCAGGGCUCCGACGCAGGCAGCCCGUAAGGAGGCUGAGGAGAGGGCAAGGAUGAACUCGGAGGAAGAUCAGGCAAAAUUGCAAGGCAUCAUGACUCUUGCCGGCGGCUUGCAAAACCUGCCUCAGGGACGCCCCGGAGCAGCCGGUGUCGGCUCCGGCCCUGUCACGCCGGCACAGGCUGCUGCACAAGGCCGGCUUGCCGCGGCCAUGUCAAACAUUCCCAGAACUGUCGCGGCAACCCUACCACAGGUACGGCAGAAUCUUGCAGCGCACCAGCAGCUGAACCCUCCACGACCGCAGGGCCAGGCACAGCUUCCUCCUCAUGUUCCCCGGCCCCAGUCUCAGCAAGCCCAGAAUCACCUCCCACAGCAGCAAUCCCCGCAACGCCCACUCCCCAUUGCUCCCCAGCAGUUGCCGCAACAACAAUCACGACCACAAGCACAACCUCCGCAGCAGCCGCAACCGCAACAACCAAAGCCGGUGGUUCAGCACCUGCCACCUCAGCCUACCGUACCGCCUCCUCCUCAUCCGAUCUCCCUACCGAGCUCCAUGUCCGCGCCGCAUUCCACCACUCCCACACCCGGCGCAACCGUCUCCCCGGUGCCCGGGCACAACUCACACCCCCAAACACCGGUACUGCAGCCACCACCGGCGCCGCAACCUAAACCACAGACUGUGCAGGACACUCCCGGUCCGGCACCCAAGGAGGCUCCGAAACCACCACAAGAGCCUCUGUCGCUCGAAGCCCAGCAAGAGGCUGAAAACGCCGCCGAGGCUGCUCUGCUUGAAGGGUUACAAGCCGCUGUCGCCGAAGCACUAGGCUGA